AGUUUGCGCAGAACUACUUAGUUGAUCUAUAUAAGGUAAUUCAAAUCAUAGCACUUGCAUAUCUGAAAGCAGACAACUACACAAACAGAACAAGACAACUUCUCUAGGACAGUUAUCAUGGCUUCCAUACUCCAUUAUAUGACACUGUUGUUGUGCGCUGUGGCCCUAAGUGAAGGAUGUUCGUGCAGGCCGACAUCCCCACCAGCACAAGAAAUCUGCAUUGCAGACUUCGGUAUCAAAGGCAAGGUUUUGUUGAAGCACCAACCACAGAUAACUGAUACUGCUUACCCGUCUGGCCUAGUGACUUACAGAGUCAAAGUUUUGAAAACCUUCAAAGGAUCGGCUAAAGUGAACGGGUUUGUUAAUGUCACAACUCCAGCCACUGACAACCUCUGUGGGGUGAAACUUGAACCCAAUGAAACUUACGUCCUGGUCGGUAGAAAACAUUUGCAAAUCGGCUUGUGCGACUGGCAUAAACCAUGGAAACAUGAUAUGGAGAAACAAAUCCAGGACGCUCAAAAGAAAUGUGAUUAAUUGUUGUUAUUGUCAGUUAAGUUCGCUCGGUCAGUUGUAAACCAAUGAUGGGAAAUAUUGUAACCCUCUUUAAUUUCAGGUGUUGGGAAUAAAGUGUGUAUUCACCUAAAA